CAGAAAAUUCGCCACUUCAAAGACAGAUUCAAAAGGCAGCAAGGCGCUAACUUAUACCUUCCAGGCAGUUUCGUCACAGACAACAAUGAUCCAGAGUCGGGACCCUGGGAAGAAUGGUCAGCACCCGUUCCGUGUUCCAGAACUUGUGGUGGGGGUGUAUCGACUCAAACUAGGAGAUGUACACAAGGAUAUGAUUGCAGGGGACCAUCAGCAAGAACUUUUUCCUGCAAUACACAGGAUUGUCCAGACCUUGCUGAUUACAGAGCACAGCAGUGUGCCGAACACAAUAACAUUCCGUUUGAAGGAAUGCAUUACGAGUGGGUACCGUACACAAAAGGUCCAAAUCCUUGUGAGUUAAACUGUAUGCCCAGAGGAGAAAGAUUUUAUUAUCGACAUGCCGACGCUGUAGUAGAUGGUACUACGUGCACUGAUGAAGGGUUCGACGUUUGCGUACAGGGAAAAUGCCAGCCUGUUGGAUGUGACCGAAUGUUAGGAUCGAGUGCCCGAGAAGAUACGUGCCGAGUAUGUGGAGGAGAUGGCAGCACUUGCAGAACCUUCACCAAUACCAUUCAAAUGAAAGACAUGCAAGUGGGCUACAAUGAUAUACUACUAAUACCCGCAGGAGCUACAAACAUAAGAGUCGAAGAACUUGCUCCUUCAAACAAUUACCUUGCUAUACGAAACACAUCAGCACAUUUCUAUUUAAACGGAAACUGGCGCAUUGAUUUCCCGAGAGCCACCGAUUUCGCAGGAACCAGAUUCAAAUAUGAAAGAACCCCUCAAGAAUUCGAUGCUCCAGAUAUUAUCACAGCUCUGGGUCCGACUGAUGAAUCGCUAUUUAUUGUUUUACUUUACGAAGGUGCAGACGUACCAGUCAGUUUUUCUUAUAGUUUACCAACCUCGGUACCACCUCCACCAAACGAAACGUACUCAUGGAUAUACGACGAGUUUUUGCCAUGUACGGUUACAUGUGGAAAAGGUAUUCAAUACAGAAAUGUCAGCUGCGCCGGUAGGAAUUCCUUAGAACCAGUACCGGAAUCCCUAUGCGACUCGCACAGUAAACCUGAAGAUGUUAAGACUUGUAGCGAAAUAGACUGCCUGCCAGAAUGGUAUCCUUCAGAUUGGAGUGACUGUACAGUACCGUGCGGUGAAGAAGGUGGCGUUCAAACCAGAAAACUUGUUUGCCAAAAAGUAAACGCGAGCGGAAUUCAAGAGGUUGUGAGUAGUAAUGAGUGUUUUGGACAAUCCAAACCCCCAACAGAAAUGAAGUGUAACGUUCAAAAGCAGUGUCCAAAGUGGUAUAUUGAACCAUGGAAGCCGUGCGAUCAUCUUUGCGGCGCAGGAAAACAGACGAGAAAAAUAACAUGUUACAAAGAAGAGAACAAUAGAAAAACGAUCUUGCCAGACGCUGAGUGUGAUGCAGUAGAAAAGAAGCCUCCUACAGAACAACCCUGCAAUUUGAGACCAUGUGAAGGUGUCGACUGGGUCACAUCAGAGUGGUCAGGGUGUGGAGCAUGUGGGUUGUCACAAGAAACCAGGAAAGUGUUGUGUGCCACCGAAGAUUCUGAGGUCCAACCUGACGAGCUGUGUGACGCUGAUAGAAAACCCCUAAUAAUUCGUGAAUGUGAAAUGACACCAUGCCAAUAUUUAUGGUAUGCCAGUCAAUGGAGUGAGUGCUCAGUAACAUGUGGUGCAGGAGUUCAGACACGAACUAUAGUCUGUGGUAUAUCGACGCCAACAGGACUGGAAACGGUAGAUGACUCCAAGUGUGAUCCUUCCAGACACUUUGAAACUAUGAAAAACUGUACUGGAGAAAAAGAUAAGUGUGACGGAGAAUGGUUUACUGGACCCAUGGGAGAGUGUUCCAAACCAUGCGGCGGAGGCACGAGAUCUAGAAAACUCAUUUGUAUAAAAGACGGCCAGGUGGCUGAUUCUUCUGCAUGUGGGUCUGAUAAAAUUGUCUUCGCGGAUGAAAAAUGUAAUGAAACACCAUGUUCCGAAGAUACUAUAUUGCCAACAGACAUAACGCAAUCUGUUGAUGAAUCUGAACCAACAAAAGAGUCUUCCCAAAAACGGGAAGCUACAACACCUGUGAGUUCAACAAGUGAAGAUCUGCAGUCAAAGGAAACUGAAGUUACAUCAGCAUUUGAAAUGACAACUACUUCAAGUGUUUCUACGACUCCAGAUCCUGACGACUUUGAAAUUGUACCUGACACUAAUUGCGAUGAUGGAGAAUGGGUUGAGGAUGAAGAAGAAGAAGAAUCAAAAAUGCAAGGAGAUGAUCCGUUUGCUUACAACGAUGUGAUGAUGGGUGAUCAACCUGUAGAAGGUUCAGGUGAUACUACCGAAUCAUCAACUGAUACUUCCAUCUUCACUGAAACGUCUAUAUCAACAGAAACUUCUGUUAGUACUGAAAAGACAGUCAGUAGCACAACUCCUGAGCCAGAAGUUAUUAUGGAGUCUGAUCUUGGAAGGGAUGUCACAGUUACUACCCAAAAAAGUGCUAAAUCACCAGAUUCUACCGAUACUACCCUCGAAUUUACUGGUUCUACUGAAUCUCCUGAAACUACUAUCGAAUAUACGGGUUCAACUGAAUCUCCUGAAUCAACUACAGAAUAUACUGGAUCAACUGAAGCUCCUGAAUCAACUACAGAAUAUACAGGAUCAACUGAAGCUCCUGAAUCAACUACAGAAUAUACUGGAUCAACUGAAGCUCCUGAAUCAACAACAGAAUAUACCGGAUCAACAGAAGCUCCUGAAUCAACUACGGAAUAUACCGGGUCAACUGAAGCUCCUGAAUCAACAACAGAAUAUACCGGAUCAACUGAAGCUCCUGAAUCAACCACAGAAUAUACUGGAUCAACUGAAGCUCCUGAAUCAACUACAGAAUAUACUGGAUCAACUGAAGCUCCUGAAUCAACAACAGAAUAUACCGGAUCAACGGAAGCUCCUGAAUCAACUACGGAAUAUACUGGAUCAACUGAAGCUCCUGAAUCAACUACAGAGUAUACUGGGUCAACGGAAGCCCCUGAAUCAACUACCGAAUAUACGGGUUCAACUGAAGCUCCUGAAUCAACAACAGAAUAUACCGGAUCAACUGAAGCUCCUGAAUCAACUACAGAAUAUACUGGAUCAACUGAAGCUCCUGAAUCAACUACAGAAUAUACUGGGUCAACUGAAGCUCCUGAAUCAACUACGGAAUAUACUGGAUCAACUGAAGCUCCUGAAUCAACUACAGAAUAUACUGGAUCAACUGACGCUCCUGAAUCAACAACAGAAUAUACCGGAUCAACUGAAGCUCCUGAAUCAACUACAGAAUAUACAGGAUCAACUGAAGCUCCUGAAUCAACUACUGAAUAUACAGGAUCAACUGAAGCUCCUGAAUCAACUACUGAGUAUACUGGAUCAACUGAGGCACCUGAAUCCACUACAGAGUAUACUGGAUCAACUGAAGCACCGGAGUCCACUACGGAAUAUACCGGAUCAACUGAAGCUCCUGAGUCAACUACAGAAUAUACUGGAUCAACUGAAGCUUCCGCGUCAACUACAGAGUAUACUGGAUCAACUGAAGCACCUGCAUCUACUACUGAAUAUACGGGUUCAACUGAAGCUCCUGAAUCAACUACAGAGUAUACUGGAUCAACUGAAGUACCUGAAUCAACAACUGAAUUCACUGGAUCUACUGAAUCUCCGGGUACUACAGUUGAAUUUACUGGUUCAACUGAGUCCCCUGAAUCUACGGCAGCUCCUGAAUCGACAAUAGAGUAUACUGGGUCAACAGAAGCUUCUGAAAGUACAACAGAAUUUACAGGUUCUACGGAAGCGUCAGAAAGUACAACAGAAUUUACAGGCUCCACGGAAGUGCCAAGUAGUAGCACAGAAUUUACAGGCUCUACAGAAGCUCCUGAAAGUACAACAGAAUUUACGGGUUCUACUGAAGCUCCAGAGAGUACAACAGAAUUUACAGGCUCUACAGAAGCCCCAGAAAGUACCACCGAAUUUACAGGUUCUACUGAAGCUUCAGGGAGUACAACAGAAUUUACAGGCUCUACAGAAGUUCCAGAAAGUACCACCGAAUUUACAGGAUCUACUGAAGCUCCAGAGAGUACAAUCGAAUUCACUGGUUCAACAGAAUCAACAGUAUCAUCAGAAUCAACUGAAUCUACUGGAAGUACAUCUGAAUUUACUGGUAGUACAGAAAGUACUUCGGAGUUUACAGGAAGUACUGAAAGCACCACAGAAUUUACAGGCAGUACCGAGAGUACGUCUGAAUUUACUGGUAGUACUGAGAGUACUUCUGAAUUUACAGGUAGUACUGAAAGCACAACCGAAUUCACAGGAAGUACAGAAAGCUCAACAGCAUAUACUGGAAGCACGGAAAGUACUACUGAAUUUACGGGAAGUACCGAAAGUACAAUUGAGUAUACGGGAAGCACAGAGAGUUCAACUUCUUCAGUUAGAGACCUAUUCCUACCAAAACCACGUUUGUGUAGAAGAAGAAAGAUUAAAAAAUGUAAGAGCACACCAUUUGGAUGCUGUUGGGAUAAUAUUACACCAGCUCAAGGUCCAUUUGAUAAAGGAUGUCCGAUGCCCGAAACUUGUAAGGAAUCUAAAUAUGGAUGUUGUGAUGAUGGUGUGUCUGCAGCUCUUGGGCCACACAAUGCCGGGUGUCCAUCGUCCCAUUGCAAAGAAACUCUAUUUGGAUGUUGUCCUGAUAACAAGACGCCGUCUCAAGGAAAUGAUAAUGAAGGUUGUCCUCCUGCUUGCUUUAGUUCAAGAUACGGUUGUUGCAAUGAUAAUUCUACUGAAGCUACAGGUCCUAAACACAAAGGAUGUCCAGAAUCGACUACAACUCCUAUACCAACAACUGAAUACGCCACUACAGAGGGAACUACUGAAAGUGCAGUUUCUACUGAAUCCGAGGAAACUACAACAUCAAUAUCAACUACUGAAUUUUCAACUGAAACAACACUACCAGCAGAUUGUAGACUCGCAACGUAUAGAUGUUGUCCUGAUGGAGUUACAACGGCCACUGGUCCUGGCUACCAAGGUUGCGGCCUUCCAUGCUCAGAUAGCAAAUUUGGUUGUUGUCAAGAUGGUAAAACUCCUGCCCAUGGUCCAAGUGGUGAGGGUUGCUGUCUUAAUUCAACAUUUGGCUGUUGCCCCGAUGACAUUACUCCAGCAAGUGGACCUAACCAGGCUGACUGCGGCUGUGAACGUUCACCUUAUGGAUGUUGUCCAGAUAACAAAACUGCUGCUCUAGGCUAUUACAACUAUGGCUGUGGAUGUCAAUAUUCUGCUAAUGGUUGUUGUCCAGAUAGAGUUACUCCCGCAGCUGGACCCGACUUUGAUGGUUGUUUGUGUCAUACAUUCCAGUUUGGUUGUUGUCCAGAUGGAGUAACGCCCGCCGAAGGGCCGAGAGGGCAAGGUUGUGGUUGUAGAAAUACUGAAUUUGGCUGUUGUUCUGAUGAAAAAACUCCUGCAUCGGGACCCAAUAACGAACGAUGUACCUGUGAAUAUACUAAAUUUGGUUGUUGCAGUGAUGGCGUUACUGAAGCCAAGGGUGAGAACUUCGAGGGAUGUGCUGUAAUACCGCAGAACCUUCAAGUUGGUUGUUCUCUUGUCAAAGAAAAGGGUCCAUGCAGAAAUUACACUGUUAAAUGGUUCUUCGAUACGGAGUAUGGUGGCUGCUCACGUUUCUGGUAUGGUGGCUGUGAGGGUAACGCAAACCGUUACAAAACUAAGGAAGAAUGUGAAGAGAUUUGCGUAGAACCACAAGGAGCUGAUAGGUGCAAUUUACCCAAAAUAUCAGGUCCUUGUGAAGGCUACUACCAAAAGUACUAUUACGAUAAGGAAUUAAAAACUUGUACUCCAUUCGUAUAUGGAGGUUGCCUCGGCAACAACAACCGGUUUGAAACAAGAGAAGAAUGUAUGAAUCUUUGUGCUCAAGAUCAAAUUCAAGAUCCUUGUCAACAAAAGAAAGACCCAGGACCGUGCCAAGGUAAGCACCAGAGAUUCUACUACGACAAAGAACUUGCACAAUGCCAAGAGUUUACCUUUGGUGGCUGUAAAGGAAAUAACAACAACUUCGUUACGAUAGAAGCCUGUAAACAACAGUGCGCUCCAGCUGGCGAGAGAAAAGAUAUCUGCUCGUUACCAAAAUAUGAAGGUAAUUGCACGGAGGUGAAUGCCAACUGGUACUAUGAUUCAUCAAGAAAGAAUUGUGCACCAUUCUAUUACACUGGUUGUUAUGGUAAUCUUAAUAACUUUGAAACUAAGGAAGCAUGCCAGGCUGACUGCCCGCCGGAAGUUGAAAAGGACAUCUGUAUUCUCCCUGCCGACACUGGAGAAUGUGAUCGUUAUAUUGAUAGAUGGUACUAUGACACUAAAGCCCAAUCUUGUAAACAGUUUUACUACGGAAGCUGUGGAGGAAACGGUAAUAAUUUCCUAACACAACAAAGAUGCCAAGAACGAUGUGAGACGAGAGAGGCACCACCACCAACAUCAGCACCAGCACCGAUACCUACGGAAGAGCCACGACCAGCUCCAGCUGAAACUCCAGCACCAUUUGUUAUUGAUAUGUGUUUCCUUCCUAGCAAUACUGGACCUUGUAGAAAUAGAGUUAGUAACCGCUCGUACUUCUACGAUUCCCGUGACGGAGUCUGUAAAGAAUUUGUAUACGGUGGUUGCGAGAGUAAUGGCAACAACUUCAACUCUGUAGAAGAAUGUCUUCAAAAGUGUGGAGCCGCUCAAGAUCUUUGUACCUUACCACCUGUCCGAGGACCCUGCAAUGGCGAGUAUCCUCAAUAUUACUACGACCCGGCCACUGAUUCAUGUCAAAUAUUUAUAUAUGGAGGCUGCACCGGCAACUACAAUAGGUUCCAAGAUCAGCGGCUAUGCGAAGACCGGUGUAAAAGGGUUCGUGAACCAGAACCAACAUAUACUCAGGCUCCAACAGCUGCCAUUGAUGUAGACGUAUGCUCCUUACCUUAUGAUUCUGGUAACUGUACUGACAGAUUUACUGCAUUCUACUACAACAGAGAACGAAGAACGUGUCUUCCGUUUACCUACAAUGGAUGUGGAGGCAACAGCAACCGAUUCAACAGUGAAGAACAGUGCCAACGACAAUGUGGAGAAUUUAGAGCUCAAGAUGUUUGUAAUAUGGAGAGAGAUCCAGGACCAUGCAGAGGCUACUUUAUUAAAUAUUAUUACGACAAGGAGACCAGGCGAUGCGAGCAGUUCGCCUAUGGAGGAUGCCGGGGUAACGGAAAUAGAUUUAGCUCGGAAGACGAAUGUGCUCAACUAUGCAUCACACAUGAAGAGAAAAAACCAAAUAUUACAGCAGCUGCACUUUGCCGAUUGCCAGUAGAUAGAGGAUCUUGCAAUGAAGAUUACCACAAACGUUGGUACUUCGACGAUUAUAAAGGAGAUUGUAUUGCUUUUAUUUAUUCUGGCUGUGGAGGCAAUUUCAACAAUUUUAAAUCGUACCAAAAUUGUAUUGAUUCUUGUAGAGAGCUAUUACUGCUUCCCGAACCUCAACCGACCACAAACUUGCCAACUCAACCUUGUCAAGAAACCUUUAACGAAUGCACAACCCUUCGAUGUGCCUAUGGCGUCGAGCCUUAUGUAGAUGAGAACGAAUGCAACAGAUGUCGCUGUCGUGAACCUUGUGCAAAUGUAGACUGUCAACCAGACGAACAAUGUACCAUCGAUAUCAACAGAAACAAAGUGUCCGCUCAAGAUGCAGAUUUCAUAGCUAUUUGUAGACAACGCAACAAACCAGGUACUUGCCCGAGACUUGAGUUCACUAACAACUGUGAGCAUGAAUGCAAUACGGAUGCAGACUGUGCCCUCCAAAUGAAGUGUUGCAAUACAGGAUGCGGUACUUCCUGUGUGGAUCCUCCUGGACAGUUGGUUACCCAGAACCUGCCAGCAUAUACGGAAGAACCCACUGAAAGUCCAUUUAUGCCACCACAUGUGGAUCCUCUAGAAUACAAACCAGAAAUAGCAGCUCCUAUCGGUGACCAAGCAACGCUACGAUGCGCUGUAUCUGGAAAUCCUAAUCCAAAGAUUCGCUGGAGUAAAGAUAAUAUUGAGAUCGACGGUACUCAACCAAGAUACAGAAUAAAACUUGACCAAACACUCCAAAUCAUCACUUUGCAUAAGACUGAUUCAGGAAUUUACCUAUGUACUGCCUCUAAUGGCAUCGGCGAAGCUAUUACCAGCCAAGUAAAACUAGAGGUUUUGGAUUCUGAACCUAGACCAGUAACAAUACUAUCAGAACCAGGAGAUGAUCAACCCUUAGUAGUAUCCCUUAAUGCUCCCACAACCCUAAACUGUUUUGUCCUUGGACAUCCAUUCCCUGCUGUAACGUGGUGGAAAGAUGAGUCGAUGAUACCAUUCAAAAACUCAGAAUUUGAAAUUAGGAAAGACUAUUCAUUGCUUAUCCACUCGGUUGAUUUACACAACUUAGGUAUAUACACCUGCCAAGCCUACAACGGUUACGGCAAAGCAGCUAGUUGGUCAGUAACUGUAAAAACUAGAGGCCCUGUUAGGUUCCACAGGCCUGAAGAUCAAAUAUACAGCAAAUGGAUCGUGAACGAUGAUGAACCUACUACAACAACUGCUGCUCCUGUAAAUCCUAUGACUCCUCCUCCUGAUUGGGAGAUACCUAAUACGCCGUAUAAUCCCGAUAUACCCCCUUAUACGGAACCUUCCAAUGAAAUUAUACCGAAUACCUUACCGGACGCUCAAGGUGGAAGACCUCCUCCAAGUGUUAGUGUACCAGUGAGGGCCAUAAUUACAAACAACGAUCAGAGGUACCCAGUAGGUAGCGAUAUUGAAUUACCAUGUGAGUUUGCUGGGUACCCCACACCGCAAGUUCAAUGGUUCAAAGAUGGAGUUGAACUCUACCAAAGCGACAAAAUACGUAUAACAGAAACGGAGAGGUUAAGUGUGCUGGCAAUAGAACAAGCAACGAAUGCUGACUCAGGAACUUAUCAAUGUGAAGCAACAAAUGCAUAUUCCAAAUCUUCCAGUUCUUUAGUGAUUUCCAUUGAAGGAAUGCAUAUUCACCCCAGCUGCAUUGACAACCAGUUCCUCGCCAACUGUGCUCUAAUAGUCAAAGCGAAGUUCUGCACGCACAGAUACUACGCAAAAUUCUGCUGUAGAUCGUGUACGGAAGCAGGAUUGCUACCCGUAGACGGCCCACAUAUCCACAAAUUCAAGAGGCACAACACUUUUGAAAACAAUUUAGUAUAA